AUCGCCGAGCGAUUAAAGUUUAGGUACACGAUCAAUUACUUUCCUCUCUCUUCCUUUCUUUCUCUCUAGUUUGGAUGUGAAAGGAAUUCCGGAUCCUUGUGAAUCUGGUGAAUUGGCUGGUUAGCGGAAUUGCUUGCAGCUGUUGGACUCUGUCUUUGGCGGGGCUUUUGUUCAGUUUAGUCCUUGCAGACGGAACAAACAGCUUUACUAAUUGAUCUCUAAUCCAAAAAAGUUCGAAUUCGUUUUUUAGUUAAGAGGGUGGGAAGCUUGUGAAGUGCAACCAUGUCGUUUAUGAAGGGGGAUUUGCUAUCGAGAACCAGGAGGCUCGUCAAGGGCAUGGCUAAAGCCGAGCCUGUUUGGCUCAAGGCUAUGGAGCAGGCACCUCCUGCAACAUUUCCUCUUUCUAAUGGAAAGAUUCAGAAGAUCAAUGUCCCUGAAGAUCCUUAUAUAAAGAUGUUCUUCCGGAAGCACCAAGCUUUACAACCUGAAGAUCCUGUCAAGUUUGUUUUAUUCUUUCAUGCUCUUUACUCCUCUGGUCAAGUUUGGGCGUCUUAUAAGUGUUCUGUGCUUGAUUAGUCGAUGGAGCCUGGUAAUCAGAAUAUAGGAUCCAGUGAUUUGUUAGAUAAAGAAGCAAAGCAGGAUCUUGGAAUGGGUCCUAGCAGAUUUAUCUACAUAACGCUGCACGUAUAAGCAGCUUGUGGUUGACUUGACAUUAUGAACAGCUUGUUGGUCAGACUUCUCAUUUUAAGCCAAGUUUAGAGCCAAUUUGAUCGUAGAUAUGUCUGCAUUACGAGCAGCUAGUUUCCAGCUGACGUCUUUAUUUGAAUAUUCGUGGAACAAGCAAACUCAGCAAAUUCUUACCAUGUCUAGAAUGCUUCAGCCUGCGUGGUUACAUGGUAUCUUGUCUUUUGGUUUUACGUAAAUAAUUUUUCCUAGUGUUCCUCCAAAUAGAAUAAAUAAAUAAAAUAAAAUAAAAUAAACAAUCUCCCCGCCAAGUGUGGAGGUAUAUGCUAGUACUCUUUUAUUUCUCUCAGCUGUCUGGUGAACUAAUUGUGUUUCACGCCUGAUGAGUCAAUCACUAUGAUUUAUGCUUGUGCAGGAUGUCUACUAUAGAUCCACCUCCAGCCCGAGUCUUUGCCCAACGGGUGCUCGAGUUGAAGGAACAAGGAGUGGAUGGAAAAGCAGCCAUUUCUGCAGCUGAUGAGGAAUAUAAAGCAGAGAGAAAAGCAAAGAGGGCGGCAUAUGCUCGGCUAAAAGAAAUUGCCCGUCUUCAGGGCAAAGAGCCUCCAGCUAGACCAUAUCCAAAAUCGAAGAGGGAGACGCUGGCAGAAGAAAGGUGGCAUUCUCGUAAACCCAGAAUAUUUGAGAUUGUGAGGAGACUGAAGGAUGAAAUGACAGCCGACACUAACGAGCGGUUCAACAGAGGCUACUGAUGAGCAGUAUGAGAUCACAUUUAUUAUAAUAGUCUCAAGCUUGGGAGAAGAAUGUGAUGCGAUAAUCAUUAUUGCUUGAGAUUGAAGGGAACUGAGAUGUGCAUUUUCAUUCUAGGGAAAUUAGGCAGAACCAAGAAGAUUACCAAAUUAGUUCUUCGUACUUGCACUGAUGUUUGUUUUCCUACCCUCACUCUUACAAUUUGGCGUACCAGGUCCUAGAUUUCAUGAUAUUCAAGGCCGGCCUGCCUGUCUGUCUUUCAUCUUUUUCCUUGGGCCAUUUGCCAAGUCACAGAAACGGAUGCAUUAACAUACCUUACGUCCCAUCAUACAGACCGUCAGUUUAUUUGCUUAACCGAAAGGAUCCAAGUAAGACCAUUGCCAACCUGGG